ACUCAACACUGGACAGGGGGAAGGAGCACAGAAGUGUGAAGGCACCAUUUUCAGACUGGUUCACCUCCCAAAACACAUACAAGUCUAUGAGUCUACAUACAAUCAUGGAGCAGGAACCUACAGAGGAGACUGAAAUUAAGGAUCAAGGUCGAAUCAAAUUCCAGUUGUCGUGAUGAUAUGCUCAAUGCUGCAGAAACUACUCCAGGUGACGAGCUCGCAGCAGCUAUCAUGGAGCGACACUUCCUCCCCUCCCUCAUCAGGACGGAGACAUGGGAGGGCUACACCUUUGCUGACCUGGAGAUUAAAAUCAAAGAGUCCACUGAUUGUUAUGGUGCUGUGCUGUGGCCUUCAGCCAUGGUGUUGUGUCAUUUCCUUGACACUCAUCAAGACAAAUACAAACUUGUGGAUAAGAAUGUCAUUGAGGUCGGUGCUGGAACAGGUCUCGUUACUAUAGUGUGCAGCCUUCUGGGUGCAAAGGUAACAUCCACAGACCUCCCAGAUGUUCUAGGUAACCUGCGGCACAACGUCAGCCGUAACACCAGGGGGCGUUGUCGACAUGAGCCUCUCGUGACGGAGCUGAGCUGGGGCUAUCAGCUGGAGGGACGCUUCCCCCGCGCCUCCUGUCGCUAUGACUAUAUCAUGGCAGCUGACGUUGUGUACGCCCAUCCCUACCUCAACGAGCUGAUGGAGACGUUUGAGCACCUGUGCUCAGAGGACACUGUGAUCCUCUGGGCAAUGAGGUUCCGACUAGACCCUGAAAACAGCUUCGUGGACAGGUUUCAAACUCGAUUUCACUUGGAGGAGCUCUACGACCUGCCCAGCCUCCGGAUCAAGUUGUACAGAGCACAGAAGAAGCGCUCAGACUCACAAAGUCAGUCAGGGGCUGCCACAUAGACACAAGGACUAUCCAGGAUUGAUUGUGUGUGUGUGUGUGUGUGUGUGUGUGUGUGUGUGUAAAAUAAUUCUCAGCAGCAACUAAAGACCCCUUUUCCCUAUAAUAUAGGGAACAUUUGCACAUUAUAACCUCUGCAUAGAACCUGAGAUCAUUUAUGUUAUGAAUUUCCAUGAAAUAUGUAUGCAGACAUUCAUGCAUUUUUCAUGUCACUGAAAACAAUCUCUCAUUUACAUUUAUAGCUAUGUUUUUCAAACAACCUCCCCCAAAAACUGAAUAUAAUUUUAUUUCAUUUGUAAGUCCACAGUCAUAAGUAAAAUACAUGAAAGCUGGAAAUGUUUUAUUACUGGUGUGAUUAAAUCCUUGAAUAAAGUUAAGCAUGAUAAACA